AUGUAGGCAGCCCAGGGAGGUGGAGCCGCGACGCCUGAAGGAGUUCCCACCGCAGCCGUGCUCUAGGUCUACCUCAUCCACCACCAGCCCCUGCUCCAGAGACGUCCCUGCCGCCUCCCGAUGGGCGGUAGGGACCGUGGCAAUCCCCCCACCUCCAUAUUCGGACCUGGGGGACAUCCAUUGCUCCAGACCCCUGUCUCUUCUUGCUUCCCAGACGGCUGGAGUCAUUCCUGGGGGAAGCUGUUUCGGGCCAAUCAGCCGCCGCACGAGCAUCUCGGCGGCCAGCCUGGCUGGGCACCGGGCAUCUACGAAGCCAGCCCUGCCGGACACGGGACAUCACGCAACGAUUGUCUCCGGCCUCCACCCAGCUUGUCGCGAGUCCUGGGCGGUGGACUUCUGAGCUCCUUUGGCCUCCCCAGGACGCGAGUGAGCUCCCCGCGCUCCCAGCCCUUGGGGCCGCCGCGAUGCUGCCCUGGAGACGGAACAAAUUUGUGCUGGUGGAGGACGAGGCCAAGCGCAAGGCGAAGAGCCUGAGCCCCGGGCUCACCUACACGUCGCUGCUCUCCAGCUUCCUGCGCUCCUGCCCGGAUCUGCUACCGGACUGGCCCCUGGAGCGUCUGGGCCGCGUGUUCCGCAGCCGGCGCCAGAAAGUGGAGCUUAACAAGGAGGACCCCACCUACACCGUGUGGUACCUGGGCAACGCCGUCACCCUGCACGCCAAGGGCGACGGCUGCACCGACGACGCCGUGGGCAGGAUCUGGGCGCGCUGCGGGCCGGGAGGGGGCACGAAGAUGAAACUGACGCUGGGCCCGCACGGCAUCCGCAUGCAGCCGAGCGAGCGCAGUACGGGGGGCUCGGGGGGUCGCAGGCCGACGCACGCCUACCUGCUGCCGCGCAUCACCUACUGCGCGGCGGACGGGCGCCACCCGCGCGUCUUCGCCUGGGUCUACCGCCACCAGGCGCGCCACAAGGCCGUGGUGCUGCGCUGCCACGCCGUGCUGCUGGCGCGGGCUCACAAGGCGCGCUCCCUGGCUCGGCUGCUCCGCCAGACCGCGCUGGCGGCCUUCAGCGACUUCAAGCGGCUGCAGCGGCAGAGCGACGCGCGCCACGUGCGCCAGCAGCACCUCCGCGCGGGGGGCGCUGCCGCCUCGGUACCCCGCGCCCCACUGCGCCGCCUGCUCAACGCCAAGUGCGCCUACCGGCCUCCACCCGGCGAGCGCGGCCGCGGGGCUCCGCGGCUCAGCAGCAUCCAGGAGGAGGACGAGGAGGAGGAUGCGGAGGAGGAGGACUCCCGGGACAGCGAGGGAGGAGCCCUGCAGCGCGAGAGGCCGGAGGUGCUCAGCCUGGCCCGGGAGCUGAGGACGUGCAGCCUGCGGGGCGCCCCGGCGCCUCUGCCGCCCGCGCAGCCCCGCCGCUGGAAGGCAUGCUCCAGGGAGCGUGCGGCCCAGGCUCGCUGAGAGCGCAGGGCUAGGACUCGGGCCCUAGACCCGGCCCAGCAGACUGACCAGGACUCUAACCCGGCCCUGCCCGCUUCCGCCCCCCUGGUCCCUGGCCUUGCUCCUCAUCCUAGCUCAGGGUGAAGCCGGAUAUGCCCUUGAUUAUUGGGGUGGAGAGGAGUCCACAUCUCCCCACACUGGGAGUUUCCCUGGUCCUCCACUGUGGAAUUGCCCCCACGCUUUAUGCCAAGUCUCCCCACAGACCAACUUGCUCUCUUCCAAAACAGCUUCUCAGGAGAAGGGGAAAUGUUUGCGGGAACCCUGGAGGUUGGGUUUUGAACCCAGGACCCCAUCUAGGGUAGGAGUAAUGGUCCUGCCCUUAGUCUCUUGUUCCCUGUGAUAAGAACACCCUGGGGAGAUUUCAGAUAAGGAAGAGAAUGGAGUGGGUGGGGAGAAUUGAGGAGAGCCCCACCGAGGACUCCCACCUGGGACCAUACACACAGGGAGAAAUUCUUGGUCAUACUCUUUACCCUUUGGAAGGCUCCUGACACUUCACUGCUCUGCCUGUGAAAGGGACUGGGAUGGUCCUGUCUACGUGCAAAGGACAGAGUGGGACAGUCUACCAGCCCUACACUAGGCAGCUAUCCAAGCCUCUGCCUUGGCUUUCCUCCAGGGCUUCACUCAUCCCCUCUCUUGCAGACAGAUAACUGGUCUACCUAGGUACCCUGCCUCCUGGACCAAGAUGGAACCUCUGAAGGAGGUAAGGACACAUGCCCCAAAGAAGCCAAGGCUUUCAGGCCAAGCAGGUCCUGACCACAGCUGUCCUUCCAUGCAGGAUGAGGGCGGGAGAGGUGUGAACACAGAGGGGAAGGGAGACCCUGUCCGGGUAUCUCCACAAGGCCAUCAAAACCCAAAGAUCUAUGUCAUCUACUGAUCGAUGUAAAUAAAGUGGAUAUGCUUUUGCAGCUCUGUCA